GCCCGGCGGAUCUACGCGCUCGGCGCUCGCGGCGGGCGGAAGUGAGGUGCCGGCAGCUGGCGGUCGCGGAGCCUUCGGCGAGACCCACCCGGUCCUGUCUUUGCCUGCCGUGGGGGGCUGCAGGCCGGCAGGAGAUUACUUCUGUAACAGGAUCACCAGUUUGCUCCACAAAGCACAAUGUCUCGAUCACGACAACCCCCACUUGUGACUGGCAUCUCUCCAAAUGAAGGGAUACCAUGGACAAAGGUCACAAUCCGGGGAGAAAACCUGGGGACUGGCCCCACUGACCUCAUAGGCUUGACAAUUUGUGGCCAUAACUGCCUCCUGACGGCAGAAUGGAUGUCUGCAAGUAAAAUAGUAUGUCGAGUGGGACAAGCCAAAAAUGACAAAGGAGACAUUAUUGUCACCACUAAGUCAGGUGGCAAAGGAACCUCAACAGUCUCUUUCAAGCUACUCAAACCGGAGAAAAUAGGCAUUUUGGAUCAGUCUGCUGUGUGGGUUGAUGAAAUGAAUUAUUAUGAUAUGCGUACUGACAGGAACAAAGGAAUUCCACCCUUGUCCUUACGUCCUGCUAACCCCCUUGGCAUUGAGAUUGAAAAAAGUAAAUUUUCCCAGAAGGACUUAGAAAUGCUGUUCCAUGGAAUGAGUGCUGAUUUUACAAGUGAGAAUUUUUCAGCUGCCUGGUAUCUUAUAGAGAAUCACUCAAACACCAGUUUUGAGCAGCUCAAAAUGGCAGUCACCAACCUCAAGAGACAGGCUAACAAGAAGAGCGAGGGCAGCCUGGCCUAUGUGAAAGGCGGUCUCAGUACAUUCUUUGAAGCACAGGAUGCCCUCUCAGCCAUCCAUCAAAAACUAGAAGCAGAUGGAACGGAAAAAGUAGAAGGAUCCAUGACGCAGAAACUGGAGAAUGUUCUGAACAGAGCAAGUAAUACUGCGGACACAUUGUUUCAAGAAGUAUUAGGUCGGAAAGACAAGGCAGAUUCCACUAGAAAUGCACUCAAUGUGCUUCAGCGAUUUAAGUUUCUUUUCAACCUUCCUCUAAAUAUUGAAAGGAAUAUUCAAAAGGGUGAUUAUGAUGUGGUUAUUAAUGAUUAUGAAAAGGCCAAGUCACUAUUUGGGAAAACGGAGGUGCAAGUUUUCAAGAAAUAUUAUGCUGAAGUAGAAACAAGGAUUGAAGCUUUAAGAGAAUUACUUCUGGAUAAAUUGCUUGAGACACCAUCAACCUUACAUGACCAAAAACGUUACAUAAGGUACCUGUCUGACCUUCAUGCCCCGGGUGACCCUGCUUGGCAAUGCAUCGGAGCCCAACACAAGUGGAUCCUUCAGCUCAUGCACAAUUGCAAAGAGGGCUAUGUGAAAGACCUGAAAGGUAGCCCAGGCCUGCACAGUCCCAUGUUGGAUCUCGAUAAUGAUACCCGUCCCUCUGUGUUGGGCCAUCUCAGUCAGACAGCGUCUCUGAAGAGAGGCAGCAGCUUUCAGUCUGGUCGAGACGACACGUGGAGAUAUAAAACUCCCCACAGAGUGGCCUUUGUUGAAAAAUUGACCAAGCUUGUCUUAAGCCAGCUGCCUAACUUCUGGAAGCUCUGGAUCUCCUACGUUAAUGGAAGCCUCUUCAGUGAGACUGCUGAGAAGUCAGGCCAGAUUGAAAGAUCAAAGAAUGUAAGGCAAAGACAAAAUGAUUUUAAGAAAAUGAUUCAGGAAGUAAUGCACUCGCUGGUGAAGCUGACCCGCGGAGCGCUGCUCCCCCUUAGCAUCCGAGAUGGAGAAGCCAAGCAGUACGGAGGCUGGGAGGUGAAGUGCGAGCUCUCUGGACAGUGGCUCGCUCACGCUGUCCAGACCGUCAGGCUUACGCAUGAAUCGUUGACUGCCCUUGAAAUUCCUAAUGACCUGUUACAGACUAUCCAGGAUCUCAUUUUGGAUCUCCGAGUACGUUGUGUAAUGGUCACGUUGCAGCACACGGCAGAAGAAAUAAAGAGAUUAGCUGAAAAGGAGGACUGGAUUGUUGAUAAUGAAGGACUGACUUCUCUACCAUGUCAGUUUGAACAGUGCAUCGUGCGUUCUCUACAGUCACUGAAGGGUGUUCUGGAGUGCAAGCCAGGAGAGGCCAGUGUCUUUCAACAACCUAAAACACAGGAGGAGGUUUGCCAACUAAGCAUCAAUAUCAUGCAGGUUUUUAUAUACUGUCUGGAACAGUUGAGCACCAAACCUGAUGCAGACAUAGAUACUACACAUCUCUCUGUUGAUGUUUCUUCCCCUGAUUUGUUUGGAAGUAUCCACGAAGACUUCAGCUUGACCUCUGAACAGCGCCUUUUGAUAGUCCUAAGUAAUUGCUGUUAUCUAGAACGUCACACUUUCCUAAAUAUUGCAGAACAUUUUGAAAAGCACAACUUCCAGGGAAUAGAAAAAAUAACACAGGUCAGCAUGGCGUCAUUGAAAGAACUAGAUCAAAGACUCUUUGAAAAUUACAUCGAGUUGAAAGCAGAUCCCAUCGUUGGCUCCUUAGAACCUGGAAUUUAUGCAGGCUAUUUUGAUUGGAAAGACUGCCUGCCUCCAACAGGACUGCGAUGUGCCCUGUCACCCCAGCACCCUGGAGUCACACUGGCUGCAUUCAGCCCUGAACCUGCUGUCUGUGCUCAGGGCAUCAAAGCAUUAUGCCUCCAGCUGUGGUGCCAACAUUCUAAGAAUUGUAAGGAGAACAGCAGCGAUGACAGGAUAGAGGAGGAGAACAGAAGACUGUGUGGACAGGACGGAAAGAUGUUUAAGAGAUGAAUUUUUUGGAUAUAUUUUCAUUUACCUCCAAUGUCCACAUUUCCUAACCUACCUUUCUGGUUUUGUUUGCUUGUUUGUUUUUAAAUGGCUUUGUUUUUCUUUGUUUCUGGGGUAGGGUGAGGUGGAGUGAGGUGGAAGUAAGUUAUAGUUCUUAAUGGCCAACUUGGGGCAGGGGAAAAGUAAUUCUUAGAGUGGAGCUGAAAAAUGUGUAUUCCAAGUGUUCUUGCUCUUACAUCAUAACAAUGCUAUAAAUUGGUUUCUGGCAUGAUAUUCAAUAAAAGCCAGUACCUUCUUAGUGUCAUCAAAAGCAACAUAAUUCAAAUGCCUUUAUUGUGGCUAGAACUGAAAGAAAAGUUUUGAGAACUGUUCAUUUAGAAUGAAGCCACCAGUACCUAAUGUAUUCUUUUAAGCUGUUUGCAUGUACUGAUCUGGUCACUGGCUUCUGGAACUUCAUUGAGAACACCUUCAAGGACUCCUCUGCCCUCAGAGGGCCCUGCCUCCCUCUCUCCCUUCCGACUCUGCCCUGCUCCCCUCCUCCUGACACAUCACAGGGCCUGACCCAGGGUGCCUGCUGGUUCUCUGUCCUUUGGGCUCCUCCCCCACACAUCUGCCUGUGGUGUGUGCACCUCCCCUGGCCUCUGUGUCCCUUGGGCUUCUCCCACAGAUGUCUUUCCCAGGUGUGACCCCCUUGGGCUCCCUGGAGCCCCUGGAGCAGCUGUGUCUUCACAGCCCUCACCUUGCAGCUCCUAAGAAAACCUCCCAUGCACAUCAGCGGCUCAGAACCAUGUGCUUGGGACAUGGGAAAGUGGGAGCAGCACAUGGAUUUACUCAUUUUAGUAGAAAAUGAACAUCUGAUAGAAUUUGUUAAGAAAGUUAAACCACAGAGCAACUCUGUAUGUUUCCUGUUUUCUACUUUGAGGUCGGAAAUGCCAUCUCUGUGACUUUCUCCCAAAACCAGGAUAGAGCCUCAGAGAUAAAAGGCACUUGGUAAAUACCGGGUAAUCAUGUCCAAUUUUCCUAACCAUCUUUUCUUGGUAAGCAGCAAAAACUAACCCUAAAAUACUUAUAGAGCAGCUUAAUAGUAAUAAAUAGUUACUAUUUAUUCUAAACCUUCAAGGUGGAAAACUUUCGAGUGUUUAUUGAAAAUGUCUUGAACAUUUUCUAAGAGACCACAGUAAAGGGGUAGUUGCUUAUCAGCCUGAAAGAGGCUGAGAAGACCUAUCACACCCCUUUCUUUUACAGUUGAAGAAACUGAAGUCCAGAUGAAAUGUCAUCUAAGGCCAUCAAGAAGCAUUUGGUUGACAAAACUGGGACUUCUGCCUCUGCCUCCUAUCACUUUACAAAAAUAUGUUAUUUUUUCAGCAAGCUAAUCAAUGUGUUUAAACUCUACAUUGUAUAAACAGUCUAAAAAUAGUACAAUUAGCAUAAAAAACUCAGUUUGUGGCUAGAUUUUUAAGUGUGUAGAGCAAGAGACAUCAACAAAGCAGUUUAUGUCUAUGGGAGCAAAUUAAAGACUGUUGUUAAAAUCUUUAUGUUGUAGAGGAUAUUUACUUGGGACAUGGAUUUUUUUUUAGAUCAAUUUACUUUAAUUUUCUCGUAGUAUCACAUACUAAUCAAAAUGUUUGAGUGACAACCAGAGUAAAUUCAAAAAUUUAUCUGAAAGCGCAUUUUUCUUUUUUUGAAAUUGCUAUCAUUUCUGCUUGCAAAUGGUGUGAGUCUGUGAUUACAGUAAUAAGGACUAAGAAUUCUGCAUAGAAUGCAUAUCACUUUUAGCAAGUUUGUAUAUUGAAGGAAUUUAAUAAGAGGUUUUACAGAAUCACAAAAGCCACCUUCAUGGGCUUUACAUAUGAUGGAUAUGAAAGAAACUAAUAUUCUUAUACUCUAUGGUUGGGUUGUAUUAAUGAAAAGAAAAAUUGGUGGGUAUGCUUAGACUUUUGUUUCUUCUGAUUUUCCUUCUUGAUUUGUGCUGUGACUUCUUUGUCAUAUUCUGCUAAGGAAAACAGGUUCGGCAGCUCCUUUUUGCUUCCCUGGAGUGGGCUGCUUAUGGACUCGUGCGCUGUGUGCAGCAGCACUGCACAUAAACUGUAAGUGACCAUGCGGUGUUCUUGGUGGGGUGUUAGCUCUAGCUUUUCCCCGCAGGGACUGCAGUGCACCCUGAAGAUACCACAGGUGCAGUGAGCCAGCUCCAUUCCAGGCUGUCACCCAAGAGCAUGAGUGUUUAUGCCCACCAAAAGACAGGAGCAGCUGUAUUCAUAACAGCUCUGUUGGAAAUACCUGAAAAUGGGAACUGGGAAACACAGGGUUGCAGAGUUGGCCUAUUUGGUGGUGUUUAAGCAUGCGGUGUUGAAAAUAAAAUGCCAGGCGGCAUUUUGCUUUGGUUCAUUUUGAAAACCUGAUGGAUUUAUUCAGGUAUUUCAUUCCGUCCAUUUUCAAAUUAAAAUAUUUUAUAGUUUAAUCAUUGUGUCUACAUACAUUCUUGUAUUUUAUCUUCACACAGGGGUUAGAUGCUUUUUUCCCCAUGUAGCAAAUUUUUUAAAUUUGAAGAAUCGGGAAAGGCUAUGUAACUUGCUCCAAUAAGAGAACUAGGCCCAACUUUUCAUCUCCAGUUGUAACUUUUAUCACUCUUACCAAGAAACAUUCAUAGCAUACCAGGCAUGGGUCAGACUACAGGACUAACAAUAUGGUGUCAUUUUGUUUAUCUUCAUAUUUGCAAAUAUGGUAGACCCUUGUACAACAGAGAGUUGGGUUGCCAACCUUCUGCACAGUCUAAAAUCUUUGUUUAACUUUUGACACCCCCAGAAUUUGACUAUGAAUAGCCUGCUGUUGCCCAGAUAACUUACUAAUAACACAGUCUGUCAACAUGUGUUUUAUGUAUAUACUAUAUUCUGUAUUAAGGUAAGCUAGAGAAAAGAAAAUGCUAUUAAGGAAAUCAUAAGAAAGGAAAAUAUAUUGACUCCUCAUGAAGUGGAAGUGGAUCAUCAUAAAGGUCUUUAUCCUUGUCGUCUUUACAUUGAGUAGGCUGAAGAGGAGGAGGAGGAGGAUUGGGGUUGGUUUUGCUGUGUCAGGGGCAGCAGAGGCUCAAGAAAACCCACAUAUGGGUGGACCCAUGCAGUUCAAACUCCUGUUGUUCAUGGGCCAACUGGAAUUGAGUUUGCAAAGUACUGUGGGCCUCAGUCUCAGGUGCCUUUAACAGAGCUGAGAAGGGGCUCAAGGACCCAAGGACCAUGAUCUGGUGGCCCUCUCCUGCUGACAGGUGGACAGUAGCUUAACCCAAAGGAGAAGGCAGUGUGUGCAUAUGCUCCUUGACCUUCUGACCAACACUGACCCAUGAGGGAGAGUUUCCAAGUACGGCAAAGUUAUUAACAAAUGAUAAAGAUACCAAGAAGAGUAAAGGGGUUGCCCUUAUUUUUGGAUAAAGGAUCUGCACAACAAUGUACCAGGCACUAAGCAACAAAUUUGGUGGAGUGAUGAAAGUAAGUACUGAUACUGAAGAUGGAAGAACAGCGGAGUAAUUGCUAAUAAAAUCUCUAGAGAAAUAAUAAGCAAUGUGGAAUUCAAUAUUUGAAUGAGAUUUUCUUAUAAAGAGAGAAAGAAACAAAAUCCUGUCUAUGAAAUGAGGCACUGUUCCUGCCCUUGCCUCUCUGAGCCUGUGUGCCUCGAUGGUGGCAUCCUCUGAGCACACUCUAAGCUGGCAUUGCAGCUUUAAAAAUGCAGGCUCCUGCAGGCAGGCAGCUUGCCCAGCUCGGGUGGGGUUCAAUCCAGACACUCCCAUUUAGCCCUGUUCUCUUGGCCUCACCUUCAGUGUCAUCAGUCCCAACAGGGUGCAAACCCAGUGCUUUGUGGUUUUAGUCAUCUAAACAAAUGUGUGGCAUGUUCAAAAAUUAGUCUUCUUAAAGAUGUAAAUUUCUACCUAGAUUUCUUUUUUCUUUCUUUGUGAGAAAGCUUUUAAUGACAAGUUCAAUUUUUUUUUAUUGUGCUUUAGAUUCUGGGGUACAUGUGCAGAUCAUGCAGGAUUGUUGCAUAGGUACAUACAUGGCAAGGUUGUUUGUUGCCACCAUCUCCCCAUCACCUAUACCUGACAUUUCUCCCCACGUUAUUCCUCCCCCACCCUCCCUCCCACUAACCCUCCCAUAGCCCCCACAAUGGACCCUGGUGUGUGAUGCUCCCCUCUUUGCGUCCAAGUGUUAUCAUUGUUCAACACCUGCCUAUGAGUGAGAACAUGCAGUGUUUGAUUUUCUGUUCUUGUGUCAGUUUGCUGAGAAUAAUGGUUUCCAGGUUCAUCAGUGUUUCUACAAAGAGCACAAACUCAACGUUUUUUAUGGCUGCAUAGUAUUCUAUGGUGUAUAUGCGCCGCAUUUUCUUUGUCCAGUCUAUCAUUGAUGGGCAUUUGGGUUGGUUCCAGGUCUUUGCUAUUGUAAACAGUACCACAAUGAACAUGUGUGUGCAUGUAUCUUUAUAGUAGAACAAUUUAUAGUCCUUUGGGUAUAUACCCAGUAAUGGGAUUGCUGGGUCAAAUGGAAUUUCUAUUUCUCAAUCCUUGAGGACUUGCCACACUGUCUUCCACAAUGGUUGCACUAAUUUGCACUCCCACCAACAGUAUAAAAGUGUUCCUAUUUCUCCACAUUUUCUCUAGCAUGUGUUGUCUCCAGAUUUUUAAUGAUCGCCAUUCUAACUGGCAUGAGAUGGUAUCUCAAUGUGGUUUUGAUUUGCAUCUCUCUAAUGACCAGUGAUGACGAGCAUUUUUUUAUAUGUUUGUUGGCUUCAUAUAUAUCUUCUUUUGAAAAGUGUCUGUUUAUAUCCUUCACCCACUUUUGGAUUUCUUACUAUGUAAAUGGUACUUUAAAAUCCCAGUUAGCAAUUGGCCUUUCAUAUUUUUUUCUGCCUUCCAUUUUAUUAUGACUCAAAAUUGUUUUUUGUUCUCUAAAAUGAAGUUUCGCUCUUGUUGCCCAGGCUGGAAUGUAAUGGUGCAAUCUCAGUUCACUGCAGCCUUCGCCUCCUGGGUUCAAGCGAUUCUCCUAUCUCAGCGUCCUGAGUAGCUGGGAUUACAGGUGCCUGCUACUACGCCUGGCUAAUUUUUGGUAUUUUUAAUAGAGACUGAGUUUCACCAUGUUGGCCAGGCUGAUCUUGAACUCCUGACCUCAGGUGAUAAGCCCACCUCGGCCUUCCAAAGUGCUGAUAUUACAGGUGUGAGUCACCACACCUGGCUGACUCAAAAUUUUUUUUAAUUUCAAGAUGUUUUCUUUGUGUAAGGUUUUAUGACUAUUCCUUCAAUUGUAUGUGGAACCCUGUAUUAAGAAUAGGGACUAUCCCCUAUUACUUCUUUCCUAUGCUCCACAGUAAUGAUUGCAGUCAAAGGGAUGCAGUGGGACGCUCAGCAACAGUCAUGGUGCUGCCUGCAUUAUGCACCAUCUCAACUGCUAGGCCAUGGCAGGAGCCCUUCCCAGAAUUCACUCCUUUAGUCACAGGGACCAUGCAGCGAAAUAAGGGGCCAGGACCCUAGCCUGCUUCCAGCCCUCUCAUAGCAUUCAUUGGUUUUGAUCUCAGCUCAUUAAAAUCUUUUUUAAAAAGCACCUUCUUGAAAUUGUGAAAAUCAAACAGUGAAUCCAACCCUGUUUAUGAAGAAGUAGGUCCAGAAGCAACACCUCACAGUAUAAAAUAAAUUCAUUCAUCUGCACAUGUAGGAUGAAUCCUAUUCUCUUGUCACUUUCACUUUUCAAAUUGAAGUUUCCUUGUAAUGAAAAAAAAAUUCUGACAGAAAACUAAAUUGAAACAAAUGGUUUAAUUUGUCAGUUUAUAGUAAGUUAAUUUUCUACCUUUAUGUCUAAAAUUGAGUGUAUCAAGUUUGUGAAUUGUAUUCUAUGCUGAAUGUAUGAUGUGUUCUGUAACAUCUUAUAUUAGGAUGGAUAAUUUAUGGUCUGUUUUAUACAUCACACUUUAAAUUUUGAAAUGGGAGGGGAGAGCUUUUUUCCCCCUUGCUUAUUUUGAGUCUUAAAAGCCGUUUCUCUAUGAAGUUUAUGAAUCUAAACUCUUAUGAAUAUAAAGCCUUUCUUACAGAAGGGAAAAAAUAAGCCAUGUAACCAUUUCACUGUUAUUUUCACUGUCGGCAAUAUUUUCUCUUUUCUCAAGGAAAGAAUUUUCCUAUUCAGAUUGAUCAUAUUGAUCAAUAGGAGAUCCUAUUGAUGAAAGCAAUGAAAAACAAUAUCCUGGGAUAGAAAACAGAAAGCUGGAGAGGGUGAAGGUAACCAUAGGGGUGCUACAUAGGGAGAGUGUUCUUUCCUCAAAUAGUCAUUGGAAAAAUCCACUGUAUGGCAAAAGACAUUUAUCAAUUUGGGAAUGAGUGCACUAAAACCUGAAGAAGACCUGGAAAUUAAAACUCUUUCUUUAUUCCAACAAGAGCUGAUUUUGCUGCAGAGUAGUUAGGACUUCCUCUCUGUUCUACUAAUAAUGAUAUAGUUUCUGGUUACCUUUUCUUUUAAAAUUAGGCAGUAAUUUCGAUAAUGUGUGUUCAGAGUAUAAUUGAAUAGAUAAUUUACUUGAAAAAAAAUACAUCAAAGUUUUUUCAUGUAGUGUUUCAGUUUGACAAUAAAAAAAGUACAUUGUGGGAUAUUUAUAGUAUUUUUCAAUCUAUUUUUACCAGCAGACUGGGAGUGAUAACUGAUUUGGGGCAUACGGGUUAAAAACAGGAAAUGUGGUUUAUAUAGUCGGUAGUGUCUCCAGAGUUUCCAGGGUUGAUUUCGUAUAGUAUUGUCUGAAGAGUGUUAUGUAUCAAAACAACGUUAGGCUGAGUACCUUGAAAUCCGCCUAUGUUUACAGGAGCCGUCUUUCCAAUUAUGACAGGAAAUGCUUCAUGGAAAAGUUUGCAUUCUUGAUAUGGGUUCAGAUGGCAUAGCAGUUGUUUUCUGUAAUUACACCAUGUUCUUCCUCUCUUAACACUUUUCAGAUGCUCUUUAUACCGUCAGCGUAGAUCUUGUGUAACUUUGAGUAAAUUUCCUUUGAUUUUUGUAUUUUGCUUAAAAUUUUAUUUAUUUUCAUGAAAAGUUUUGUCAAAUAGCUGUUUAAGAAUGUUUUAAAAUAGACUAUCAUAGCUAAGGAGGAGCAUAUAUUAGGGAUAUUAUCAAUUAUAGUAAUCAAAGAAUCCAAGUUAAGAGAAUAAAAAGGCAUGAAGAAAUAGGAAUAUUAUUUUGUGGGGCCUUUUGCAUGCUAGGUUGGCAGAAUCCAUGAAAAGUGCAUAGCUUGAAUACCUUUCCACUCAGCAAUUCUAGUGGAGGAGGCCUGUGCGUAGUAGGGCAUAUGCGAAAUCUCUGCACCUUCUGCUCAGUUUUACUAAAUUCUUACAUAAACUGUUCUAUUAGAAUGACAGAAUCUAUGUUCAUUGCAUUAUUUAUGGUAGUAAAUAAAAGGCAACCUAAGUGUUCCAUAGUGGGAGAAUGGUCAAAUAGAUGAUGAUACAUCCAUGCUAGAAUACUAAGCAGCCAUUGAAAAUUAGAAGGUAGAUACAUAUGCAUUGAAGAUUAAAAAAUGAGUCAAAGACCUUAACAGACAGCUUACCAAGGUAAAUAUGCAGAUGGAAAAUAAGCAUAUGAAAAGAUGUUCAACAGUGUGUGUGACAUUACGGAAUUGAAAAUUAAAACACUGCAUGCCUAUUAAAAUGGCCAAAUCCAGAACAUGGAAAACACAAAAUGCUGGUGAAAAUGUGGAGCACCGGGAUCUCUCCUUCAUUGCUGGUGGGACUGCAGAAUUACCCAGCCACUUUGGAAGACAGUUUGGCAGUCUCUUUUGAAACUAAACAUCCUCUUACCAUAUAAUCCAUGAAUGGCACUAUUCAGCAUUUAGCGAAAGGAGUGGAAAAGUUGCCAUCCACGCAAAAACCUGCACACCAAUGCUCCUAGCAGUCUUAUUCAUAAUUGUCAAAACUUGGAAGCAACCAAGUAAUCCUUCGGUAAGUGAAUGUUAUGGUCCAUCUGGAAAAUGAAUAUUACUCAGCACUAAGAUGAAAUGAGCAAGAUGUGGAAGGAACCUUAAAUGCUUAUUACUAAGUGAAAUAAAAUAAACUGAAAAGGAUUCAUAUUAUGUGAUUCUAACUAUAUGAUAUUCUGGAAGAGGAGACACUGAAGACAGGAAAAGAUCAGUGGUUGUCAGGUUAUUGGGGAAGGAGGGAGCACAGAAGAUUUUUAGGGCACUGAAACUACUCUGUGCGUUACUAUAAUGGUUGGUACCUGUCAUUAUACAUUUGUCCAAACCCAUAACAUGAACACCACCAAAAGUGACCCCGAAUGUAAAUUGUGGACUUUGGGUAAUAAUGACACAUACCAGUGUAGGUCCAUCAACUAUAACAGAUGCACCACUCUGGUGGGGGUGUUGACAGUCAGGGAGGCCUGUGCGUAUGUGGUAGGGCAGGUGGGGGGCAUAUGCGAAAUCUCUGCACCUUCUGCUCAGUUUUGCUGUGAACCUAAAACUGCUCUAAAAAGUAAAGUCAACUAAAAAUUGUUACCGAUUACAGAAUGAGAUUUAGCAAGUUUCAAGAAGAGAAUGUGUAACAUCUCAUUUUUUAGGAAAAAAUUAUAUUCAUAGGAAAAGAUCUGGAAGAACAUACACUAACCUGUCAAUAGUGGUUAUUCUUGAGAAGGAUGAAAGAGGAUUUAUUGGGCUUUUAUUAUUACAGAAUAAUAAUAAACUGUGUUUCUUUACAAUGAGCACUUGAUUACUUAAUUUUCUAAAUAAAAAAUUAAAGAC